AUGCCGACCCUCCCCGCUCGCUAUGGGCGCUGGGUGCCCAUCCUGAUACCACUUGCUCUCAUAACUUUGUUUUUGCAAUUGAACGCCGGCUUUGGCGAUACUACACAGGUUAUACUCGAGCCGGCCUCUUUCGGGACUGUCAAUGAAACCGAAGCGACUUCUACUGUUGCCGCUACCGAAGCCGCGCCUGCCGAAAAAGCUUCGACAUGCCACCCGCUGCCGGGCAUGGACGAUAUCCUCGUCGUGGUCAAGACGGGCAUCACAGAAGCGCAACAUAAACUCCCAGUGCAUAUCCGCACGACACUUCGAUGCAUUCCGAACAAGUUAAUCGUAUCGGACUUUGAGGAGGAGAUUGAUGGCCUGCGAACGCUGGACGUCUUCCGCAACGUCUCUCAAUCGCUCUACUCCAAUACCGAUUUUGCUUUGUAUAACCGCGCCCGCCAAGGUGGUCGUGCCGCUCUGCUCGAUGAGGAUCAUACCAAAGUGACUAAUAGUGCUUUUGGGAUGAGCGACAACCCGGGCUGGAAGCUUGACAAGUGGAAGUUCUUGCCGAUGAUCCAAGAGGCUCGGGCCCACCGGCCCGAUGCCAAGUGGUAUGUCUUCCUCGAAGCCGACACUUACCCGAUCUGGCCGAAUCUACUGGCUUGGCUGGAGAACUACGACUCCAACGAAAAGUUGUAUCUCGGGAACCAGAUGAUGAUCGGGGAUACUACUUUUGCGCAUGGCGGAUCAGGCUUCGUCAUUUCCAAUGCCGCAAUACAUGCCGUCGCUGAUUUCUAUACCGAGCACGUGGAAGAAUGGAACGAGGUCACCGAUCGCGAAUGGGCCGGCGAUUGUGUGUUGGGCAUGGCUCUCGCCCAAGCAGGUAUCGGAUUGACCUGGUCCUGGCCCCAUGUCACGACCCAAUCGGUCUGGGAGCAGGAUGCUCUCGGCGAGGGCUUCGGCAUGCCGCAGUGGUGCUAUCCACCUUUCACGUUCCACCAUAUGACGCCAGCCGAUGUCGAGGAAAUGUGGACAUUUGAUCAGGAGUGGUUCUCAAAUGCCAAUCGAACCUUCCUCACCUACGGGGAUCUCUUCAUCAACUUCGUCCGUCCUAUGCUCACAAGCCUCAGCGAUGACUGGGAUAAUAAUGCUCCCGAUGGAGACAACCACGCCUCCUACUCGGGCCCGUCGACGCCAGCUUCCAUGUACGAAUGCGCCGAGCACUGCGCCCGCUCUUCAGGCUGCAUGCAAUAUCGCGUCGACGAGCGAGGUCGCUGCACAACGUCCGGCUGGGCCCUCCGUGGACUUCCUAGACCGGGCAUCAUGUCAGGAACGAUGUUGUGGCGAGUCGAUGCCGCCAUUCAACAGAGAAGUAGGUGUCGCAAGCCAAAGUUCGUCAUCAAGUAA